AUGGCAGCAGGUGCUCCCAACUCUCCUCGCUUCGAGUCCGACAAGGAGGACGGCGAGGACUCCAAGACCCGCAAGCUUGUGUUUGAUGGCAUCGAUGCUGCGGCCAAAUGCGACGGUGUUGACGUUGACAAGCGCAUGUUGGAUGGGCGCAAGGCCAAUCGCGGAUUUACAAUUUCGACGGGGACUAGCGCCGAUCCCGACUUCAGCGCCCUUCGCAACUCCAAGCGUGCGCAGACGCUUCCUGCAGACUGCUCCCGCCGCGGUGACUUCAACAUGAGCGAAGACAGCAAGAAACAGUUGGAAGAGAUGCAGCAGCACCUUCUGGCGCGAUACCGCCAUGGCUCUGUCUCCUUUGCCUUCGACGUGAUCCCGCAGGAAGUCUUGGACGAGACCUUCAAGACCAAGGUGGUGGGCCAUACCCACGGCUUGAUCACAGAGGGCCAGCAGCAUGGAGAUGAGCGCGAGCGGGUUAUGUGGGGCAACAUUCCGCUUGAUCCAAUACCGCUGAUCGCAUGCCAGAAGGGCUGCAAGGGCUUCAAGGACACUUCGCCAAACCAGGAUAAUUUCUCCGUGACGCAUUUCAAAAGCGGCUACACGCUGAUUUGCACUUUUGACGGCCAUGGUCCCUUUG